UACGAUUAAUAAUAACGCAGGUAUAUGUAUUAAGUUAAUUUCAUUUAACAAAAAACUGAUUAACGAAUAUUAAUCAGGUAAAAUUCCUGGUUAAUGGUGUGGUAAACAGCGGUAGUCGCCGGUGCUCUUACAAGCGACGGACCACAAUGGUUAUCUUCAGGCGAUACAACAAUACAGCAAUGCACACACGUUCUACACUAGCAUUGCACUGCGUUCGGGUUAGUUGGAACCCCCUAAAAUAUAGACACUGGUCAAUUUCAGAUCAAUCUUGACUAUGACCAAAUAAAGCUAAUGAAAGUAACUCUCAGAAAAAAAUUGUGCUUGCGAAACACAAAAUCAGAGCAUAUCAUUAAAAUAUAUUUGAAAUUUGAAAAUCCACGAGUAUCUGGAAAUCCCUACCAUAUUGCAUGAAGUUAAACAAUACUCCGCCAAGUAUAAGAACUCUUGACAGCACACCCAAACCCGUUGUCCGGUAUGCUCUUGCAUCCAAAUCUGGUUAGAAGACUCAAGAGAGUUACUCUAAUAAGAUACAAAAUGUCAUGCAUAGUGCAAGUUGAGCAGGGCUUAUUGGAGGGAACGAAGCGUCAGAGCUGCCGUGGUCAGUAUUACAAUAGUUUUGAGGGAAUACCGUAUGCGAAGCCACCUAUUGGAAAGCUAAGAUUUAGUAAUCCACAAGAACCCGAUCAAUGGAAAGGAAUACGUAGCGCAAAAAGUCCCUCAAACAAAUGCGCCCAAUUAAAUCCUUAUUCUAACUCAGCGUUAGUAGGUUCGGAAGACUGUUUGUACUUAAACAUUUACACGCCUAGUUUGCCAGCUGAAAAACUCGAGAAAUUACCAGUAAUCUUCUUCGUCCACGGCGGUCGUUUGAUUGUAGGCUACGGAGAUUAUUAUACACCGGAUUAUUUGAUUAAAAACGAUGUCAUUUUAGUAACGUUAAAUUACAGGUUAAAUGUGUUAGGAUUUUUGUGUUUGAAUUUACCGGAAGCACCUGGUAACGUUGGAAUUAAGGACACCGUCUACGCAUUACGUUGGGUCGGUAGAAAUAUUUCUCGUUUUAAUGGCAACCCUGGCAAUAUAACAGUUUUCGGUGAAAGCGCCGGUGGGGCCAUUGUAUCUUCGUACUUAACCUCAAAGAUGACUGUUGGUCUUUUUAGUAAGGUUAUUGCGCAGUCCGGAAAUUCAAUAGCUGAUUUUUUUGUGAUUAACGAGGAUCCUAUUGAGAAAGCGAUAAAAUUGGCGUCAGUUUUAGGCAAGGAUUUGAAAGAUCAACGGUCUUUAUACGAGUUCUUAGUACAGGUUCCGUUAGUAGAUUUGGUGAAUGCGUUUACCCAGCUAGAACUGAGUCGGCCGCCUAGUAUUAUCAAUGCGUAUUUCUUACCGGUCGUCGAGAAAAAGUUCGAUAACGUCGAAUGUUUUUUCGAGGAACAUCCCAUAGUGUCCAUUAAGAAUAAUAGGGUACAAAAAGUGCCCGUAAUAACAGGUUAUGUCACUUACGAAUCGGCGCUGUUCGUCCAAAAAGACGACUCUGGUAAGAUCGUAUAUGUAGACGACUUUCAUAAUUUUAUCCCUCGAUUCUUGGGUGUCGAAGAGAGCACGGAAAGAUCUAGAGUUUUCCAGAAGAAACUACGCGAAUUCUAUUUUGCGGGCCGGGAAUUGAAUGACGAUUUGAAGAUUGAUUAUUUGGUAAUGAUCACGGACGUGUAUUUCGUUAGGGAUAUCAUUUAUUUCGCUGAAUUACUAUCGAAACACAAUCCUGAGGUGUAUCUAUAUGAAUUCGGUUUUGACGGC